AUGGAGCCAUUUAACACCUCGCACUCCAACCAGACGCAAUCCUUUAUACCAGCAUCAUGGCGGCCAGCCAUCCUGAUCGCCACGGUGGGCAUCGGGCUGCCCGCCAAUACCUUCAUCAUCUGGCUGACAGGAUGGCGGCUGAAGCGCCGGGGCCUGUCCGUCUUCAUCCUAAGCCUGGCCACCUCUGACUUCCUCUUCCUCUCCACCACGGUCAUGCAGAUCAUAGAGACACUGCUGAAUGAAACCUGGGUGCUGGGCACCCCCAUGUGCCGCCUGCGCUACGUCCUCUCCGACUUGAGCUACCACUGCAGCCUCUUCCUGCUGGCCGCCCUAAGCGUGGACCGCUGCCUGCUGGUGCUGCUGCCCCUCUGGUACCGCUGCCACCGCCCCCUGUGGCUCUCCAGCUACAUUUGCCUGGGUGCCUGGCUGGUGGCCGCCCUGCUCAGCAUCAAGGGCUUCGUCUUCGCCAACGUCGUCCUGUAUCCAGACGGGGUGCUCGUCUGCUCCAACAACCGGGGUGAGUUCGAGGGCCCCCUGCGCCUGCUGGAGGUGCUGCUGGAGGGACUCUUCCCCUUCGUCGUCAUGGUGACCACCCAUGCCGCCACCUUGUCACGCACCUUCCAACGCCACACCCGGCCCCCCAGCCAGUUCUACCGCAUCGUGGCUGCCACCCUGUCGGCCUAUGUGCUGCUCAACCUCCCCUUCCAGAUCGUCCAGCUGCUCUUCCUGGCCUCCUUGGAGCAAGAGUUCAACUAUCGCAUCUUCCCCUUCAUGGUCUACUUCAGCUACCUGAUCAACCUCAACAGCAGCAUCAACCCUCUCAUCUACAUCUUCUUCGGCUCCAACAUCUGCAUGGGCUGCGGCCGCCACACGACCUCCUCCCUUGCCAUGGCCCUCACCGAGGAGCAAGGGAAGAACCCCGGGGACAUGCCCAGCACAUCCUUCUCAACCUAGCCUUGCCAGCAAGACCCUCCUCUCCUCUCCCUCCAUGGCCCAGCCCCUGCUCUGGCCCAGCUCCAGUCACCAGUCGAAUGGCCACUGGCUCCCCUGAUAGGACCUGGCCACAAGGAGGCAGGUCUGUGCACGAUUGUAGGUUCACUAGUGCUAAGCCUUGUGUAAAUGGGUGCAAGGUGGAGCUUCGUCAGGCGCAACCAGAUCCAGGAAGCUACCAGGAGAAGUCACACCAGUGCCAAGGCCCAGUUUGCCCCAUUUCCCCAGCCUAGGCAAGCUCCAGCGGGGACAGAUCCUCAGCAGAUGCAAACCAGGCCCAGCUCCAUGCAGGUCAAUGGCCCGGGAACACCAGGCCCUAGGCAAGGCAAUGUAAACACUGACGUGGCUGCAGCUGCCAACCCACAGGUGCCAGGAGACACUGCGAUGAAGGGGACUCUGCCCCUUUGGGCCUAUUUGUGCUUGGCAAUCUUGCCUUUAGGUGUGGCUCCAAGGUCACUGUGUUUUAAUACUGUGGCUGUUCUGCACACUACAGCCAGAUACCCAGCGCUGAGGAUACAGGUGCCCCCCUAACUCUGUCCCCCUGGGCCCCUGCAGCCUGACUAUUCUGGCCUGCAGAAAGCAGGCCCGGUCUCCUCUUAGCACACAUGACUAUGACA